AGUUCGCCGGCUAGUGGAAUCGCAUGAUUGCCCACUUCAACCUCUUUUCAACUUCAACCACCACCGCGACGCCCAAUUGCACAUCGCCAACAUGCCCGGCCCUGACGGAAAGCCCAAUUUGCUCGAUCGGUCCAUGCCGUCGUCGUUUGACGAGAACAACGAGUUUUACGAUGAGCGCAUCCUCCACAAGGUCUUCCGCAAGCUUAAGGAGGAGCCUCUGGUCCCUCUUGGCUGCGGUCUCACCGUUUUCGCCUUCGUCAGCGCCUGGCGCGCCAUCCGCCGCGGCGACUCGGUCCAAGCCAACAAGAUGUUCCGCGCGCGUGUAGCGGCGCAGGGCUUCACCGUCUUCGCUAUGGUGGCCGGCAGCAUGUACUACAAUAAGGACCGCGAACGCACGGCCGAGUUGCGCAAGAUCAAGGAGGCCAACGAGGCCGAGGAGAAGCGCCAGAGGUGGAUCCGCGAGCUCGAGGCCCGUGACGACGAGGAGAAGGCGCUCAAGGCCAUGCUGCAGAAGAAGAGGGCCAAGAUGGAGGCCAAGAACUCGGGAGCCGCUGAAGACGAAGCGCCGGCCGAGGGCGACAAGGCCAAAUCCGGAGGUGUGCUCGGCGCGUUGGGGCUCUCGGCGUGGACCAAGCCUGAGGAGGGCGACGCCGUGUCCGAGGCAACGUCGGCGGAGAAGCCGCAGAAGAAGGAAAAGCCCAACAGCACGCUCGGCACGAUCGGGGAGAUUUACGGCCGGAAGCCUUCCUCGUCCGACGGGUCAUCAUCGGAAGAGCCCAAGAAAUAGAACGCACGAUGGUCGGGGGUGGACUGGCUUGGCUGCGUGAAUGCGUGUAGACCUGCACCGAGUUACGGCCCGGCUGCGUUGUAUAGUAUGGGGAAUCGGCACCAGCAUCGAUGACGGGCACACUGUCUCAUUGAAGACUCCGCUCCGUCGUAUAUAAAAGCAAGGGCAAAAAAGGCGGCGCAUCUGGUGGAAUUGAACAAUCAUCUGACAUCUGGAAGUGCAAUGUGAGGAAUCUGCCGGCAUGCCCCAUGCUUGACUCUUGAAGAGUAAGGCUCCAAGGGGAAGCAGAGUUGUAGCAGUGAUGGACAAGAAGAUCGUAAAAGGCGUUGUCAUAGUCGAACCUGAGUGGGCUGAUGGUUUGCUGAUUUAUACCC